UCCUGAAUAUAUCGGCGGCGCGUCCUGCGGUUGUCAUGUAGCGGAGGCCGCGCUGGAUUGGAUUGCGUUGCUGGGCGGGGAGGGGGACUGACCAGACGGCUGAGAGAUCUCUAAUCAAAAGCAUCGGGAAUAUUCGGACAUUUUCAAAGCUGGAUCGUGGAUUUCACGCGGCGUUCAAGGAUGGAUGUAGGAGCAUUGGCAGGUGGGGAUGGUGGCCCGAGAAGAGUGGAUUCAGUUGAGGGGGGCCUUGAAAUUGUUCCUCUGGAAAUGUAUGACUCCGCUCGGGCCAAGAUAGAAGCCAACCUCCGCUGGCUGUUUGCCAAAGCUUACGGCGAAGAGCACAUCCCGACAGACCUGAGGGACCCGUUCUACAUGGAUCAGUACUGUGUGGAGCACAUAAAGCCUCCGGUUCUCUCUCUGCUGCUGUCUUCAGAGCUGUACUGCAGGGUGUGUGGGCUGCUGCUGAAGGGCGACCAAGCGUCUGCGCUCAACUCCCAUCAGGCUGUCAUCCAGACGCUCGCACGGCGGGGAAUAUAUGUCAGAGAAGCCGACGACACGCCCGUUUCCCACAACGACCUCUCUUCCACUCCCAUUAAGAUGAGUUCGCAUAUUCCACUGAUUGACGCUCUGAUGGUGGCGUAUACAGUGGAGAUGAUGGCUAUAGAGAGAGUCAUGACGAGCGUCAAACGCUUCUCAAACUUUUGCGCCUCUAAAGAACUCCCUUUCGACAUGGAGGAUGCCAUGCUCUUCUGGAUUAACAAGGUCAUUUUGAAGAUGAGAGAGCUCUCUGAGAAGGAAUUCAAGAUGAAACAGCCGCUCGUUGAUUCGCCGUGCCAUCAAAAGCCUGAUCUCAUGAAUGCUUUGGCCCAUUGCAUGCUGGAGCCAGUGGAGUUCUCUCGUGUGGUACGUUACCGUAGAGAUCACCUGUCUGGACGUCCUUUCCCUCACCUGGCUGUGAUGGAGGAUUUGAUGAAGGAUGUGUGUGAUGGGGCGGCACUGCUAACGGUCAUCCACUUCUACUGCCCUGAAAUCAUGAGACUAGAUGACAUAUGUCUGAAGGAGGUGCCCUCACUCUCAGAUAGCGUAUAUAAUGUCCAUUUACUACGGGAGUUUUCUAAUGAAUACCUGAACAGGUGUUUUUAUCUGCAUGCCGAAGAUCUGCUCUAUUGCCCACCUGUACUUAAGCAUAACGUGAUGGUUUUCAUCGCUGAGCUGUUUUGGUGGUUUGAAGUUGUGAAGCCAGACUUCGUAAAACCAAGAGACCUACAAGAGAUUAAAGAUGUGAGAGCAUCUCUUCAUCCAAAGAGUGCCCACCCCCAUGUGCCCAUAUCCAAUGCCACCAAGCGUAGCUUCUUAACACCCUCCCCUUCAGCCGAUUCACUGGCGACUGGUGCUUACCUGCAUCCUGAGGAGUCUUUGUCUGUAACUAAAGGAAGCCCCGCCCACAGCCCCUCCCACCCACUUCUCCCACUGCGGCAGAGACAACAGAAGGGGGAGGAGAAUUCAGAGCUCAGGAACAGGUCAAACUCAUUGUCCCGUAUGGAAGGACUGAUGUUUGGAUCACAACUAGCCUGGGCAGAAAGGAAACAAAGACCCAUCUCUCAGAUGGAGAUGGAUUGGGAACGUGUUUGUGGCGAUAACGUCAGCUUGGCUCGUUCUAUUAGUAAGGACAGUUUAGCGUCUAAUGUCAUCUCCUUUACUCCACGACACCAAAUCAAUGGCCAGCCCCUCCCCCAGCCACGUCACUAUGACAACCAGGAGGAAGAGGGGGAGCUUGUGGCUGUCAUUAACCCUGAGGGUGUGGCCGGAUCUAGAGAUGCCCGAUCCGAGAGUUUCUUCUUAGAACCGUUGCAACCUGCGGUUCUUCGACCAAAUAAGGAGAAAACAGGAAUUAGUAAAUGGGAAGAGAGUGGCGAGGGGCAGGCUCAGGCACGCAGGCGAGUGUACACGCCCACAGAAUGCAUGCUCAACCGGACGUUUACUCCUAUCAGUAGCAUAGAGCAAGAAUGCACAAGAACGCAGUCCCCUAACCAAUCUGGAAGCUUCUUCUUGCAUGACAGUGCGGAAUGCAUACGUGAUAGUCCACUCGGACGUUGGGAAGAUAUCGCAUCGGACUCGGAAUUUGAGGAAGAUGAAGAAGUGGAAGAUCAGGAGCGAGACCUUACCAAAUCGCUACUAUUGCAUACUGAGCGGAAGUGUAUAGGCUGUGGAGAUCUAGAGGAGGAGUCUGCAAAGCUGCGAGAGGACGUUUGCGUACGAGAGCGGGACGAUAAGGAAGGCGCGAGUGGCCGGGCCAGUCCAUGCCCUAGCGUGUUAUCUCAGGCCAGCAGCACGUCGACGGGCACUGGACGCAUGACGAGUUUCGCAGAGCGGAGAAGACAUAGAACUGGAUUUCCCGAUGGUUGCUACAGCACGGGCAGCUCUCAAACCACAACUCCUGAUGGGUCUGAAAGCGCCCUCUUCCCAUCAGACAUGAGCCCGAGUACGCCUUUGGGAGGCGCUCGACCCGGUCUCACUUCCGAACUUGUCCACCUUCGUAUGCAACUGGAGGAAAAACGACGCAACAUCGAAAUGCAGAAAAAGAUGAUGGAGACCUUGUCGGCACGCCAACGGCUGCAAUUGGGCAAAGAAGCGUUCCUGCAUGUUGUUAAAAAGGGGAGGGGCGACACACUGCCACACCCACUCAAACAGGAAAUAGGGCCCAAAAUGAAAGCACUAGCGAAGGACGACACAUGUGUGGAAAUUCUUAAAGCCCGAGGCAAAGAGGCAGAGCAGUGCCCAAAUAAAGAAAUAUUGCCCGAGGGUACACCGGUAACACCCUCAGGGGUUGAUAAGGAUAAUCGUUUGAGUGUCUCGAGAGGGGGCGGAGUAUUGGACGAUGUGGGUGGAGAGCCGGAUCUUGGCGAAUGCAGCCGUUCAAUCGAACUUUUAAAUGAAGCAAUUGGAGCAAUUCAGCAACAAAUGACGCAGCUGUCGCUGCAGCAGGACUUACUCAUGAAACAGACUGUUCAGUUGCCUCAAGAACCCUCACAAAUACAUGCAACCAAACCGAACACUGUGUCCUUGUUAACCGAAAGCGUACCAGAGCCGAAUGAGGCUAAGUCCUGCCUUUCCGUGCAUUUCACGGAAACCAUUUCCACUGCAACAAAGCGACCUCCAAGACUUAGCUCGAGUCGUGUGCCUCGGACAAAACCUACCGACCUUAAACUGAGCAAGGAUGCCAACAGCCGCCCAAAAGGAAGCAUUCCAACCCCUAGUGGUGACCCCAGGCCCUCACCGGGAGGCAGGACCCCCCGGGCUGAGAACGAAGAAGAAGGUGGGGCUAAAGAGGGUGGGCGUUGCUCAAAAGGAAUCAUUCGAAAUACCACAUUCAAACUGCAUGACUCUGCAAAUCGCCUUGCUGAGAGUCUCGACUUGCCCCAAACUGAACUCCCUGCAGUGGAACCUACACCUGUGGAUGUGACCCGGGAGAGGACCGAGUCUAGUGGCUCUGGAAAAGAGAAUGUUCCGGUACCGUCUGAAGAAAACAAAACCAAAGCUCAACUGAUUGAGGUGGACCUAUCUGACCUGGCUGACCCUUCUGAAACUAGCACAGAACCUGAUGGUGAACAGAAGUCUGGACUGGGCUUCUUUUUUAAGGAUGAUCCAAAAGCAGAGGACGAGUUAGCUAAGAAGAGAGCGGCAUUCCUACUGAAACAGCAACGUAAGGCCGAAGAGGCACGAAUACGCAAACAGCAGCUGGAGGCGGAGUCAGAACUCAAGCGAGAUGAAGCCAGACGGAAAGCAGAUGAAGGUCGUGUGCGUAAAGAGGAAGAGAAGGCUCGCAGAGAGCUGAUCAAACAGGAGUACCUGCGCAGGAAACAGCAAGAACUUCUGGAAGAACAGGGCGUAACCAAGCCACGCCCACGUAACAGGAGAUCACGCCCCAAAUCACUACAUCGUGCUGAAUCCUCCUGUUCUACGCCGGUAAGUCUGUGUUCUGCUCCCUCGGGAUCAUCUCUCUCAUUGGCUUCUGUUGCUACUGAAGGUGAUAGUGUCGCAUCAGGAGGGGCCAGUUCACACAGGGGGGAGUCAGUGGAAUCUUUUCCCAUAUUGAGCCGGAAUGCGAGUAGGAACAUGGAGCGUGACUGGGACAAUGGAUCGACGGCUUCGUCCAUCAAUUCUGUAGCAGAAUACAAUGGGCCCAGGUUAUUCAAGGAGCCUAGCGCUAAGUCCAACAAACCCAUUAUCCAGAAUGCCAUUUCUCACUGCUGUCUGGCGGGAAAAGUCAACGAAGCCCAGAAGAAUGCCAUUCUAGAGGAAAUCGAACGUUGUGAGUCCAACCACCUGAUAAUCCUUUUCCGUGAUGGUGGAUGUCAGUUCAGAGCGCUGUACUCAUAUUCCCCCGAAACGGAGGAGAUCCUCAAACUGAAAGGCACCGGGCCACGAGCCAUCAGUCGCAAAAUGAUCGACAGACUCUACAAAUACAGCUCCGACCGCAAACAAUUCACUGUCAUUCCUGCAAAAUCCGUGUCUGUCAGCGUAGACGCUCUCACCAUCCAUGGCCACUUGUGGCAGGCCAAACGGCCGAGCUCCAAGAGAAAAUAAUAAACCAGUUCCUAUCGGCUUAUUGGAUCGCUCCGCUGCUUUCUGAUUGGCUACUGGGCUAUAUUCCAGUCUCCAAAUGAAUUUAAUUGCUCUUGAACUGCUCUUGCUGAUGAGCAGGCCUCCGAUCUCCUAUUGGUCAAUGAGCUUCUUCAUGUCCCGUUUCCUACUGGAUUCCUGCUUUCCUAUUGGAUCACCAGCUGCUGCACUUCGAUUGGCCACUGCGCUGUGACAUAGCAGAGCUGAGGAGAUCCAGAAUGGGUGGAGCCUGUGUUUGACUGACAGAGUAAAUGAAUGUGUUUUAGAAUUAUUUCUUUGUUCAGUGUUUUUAGGCAGAAAACUGCAUGUGGCACUUUUCUGUUGGGAGGAAGUUUGAUUUUACCGUAGUAUUAAUUUACACACGUACAUAGAUUACACUUCCACUACUUGAAUUAUGAUUUAUGUAAACACUCUGGCACGUUGCUAUUGUUACAAAUGCAUCCUGUGUUUUAGGUUUCUCAUACCUCUCCAUAUGCUGCUGUUCAUAGGCAGAGAUGGGCACAAAUACAUCAAAAAGCUCAUCAAAUGUAUUAAAAUAAAAUACAAAAUAUUGGUGUGAGAAAAUGUAUUUAAUUAAAAUACAAGUAAUUUGUCAUUUGAAAAUACAAAAAUACAUACAAAAUUAUCUGUAACACUAUUUUAGGCAUUUAGCAGAUGCCUUUUUCAGAAGUGAUUUACAAUAAGUGUAAUCUAAUUUCCUAAAUCUCUAACUUUACAGGCAGUCAUUUGAAGAAGUACAAGAGACAAUGAACAGUGCCAUUACAGUUAGUAAGAUACAAAACAUUCAGUAUAAGAGAAAGAGAAGUGCUUUCCCCUCCUUAAACAACUUCUAAAACAUAUUCUCCUUCAUGUACCCCCUUACACUACAAUCCUUCCAUUACAGUUUAGUUGUUUUUUAGCACAACUAACUUCUCCAACAGUUUAGCGGUUAGUCGCCUUCUGUGAGGGCAGUAAACCAUGCCUACAAAGGAAAAGAGAUGCUCAACUGGCACUGAUGAUGGCAAAGUGGUGUUGAAUCUCACAAAGAGUAGCUUGAUCUGUGGAUAUGAAUCCAGUGAAGACAGGUCCUUCCCGGGGUCCUCCAGGAAGUGAAGGGUCUCCAACUAUGCUUUGCUGUUGCUUGGUAACAUCUCUCUACCCACCUCACUGUCACUUCCUGUUGUUGGGAUUGGAGACAGUAGACGCAGACAGUGAAACAAGGAAUUUUCCAUUUAACACAAAAAUGUAAAAACAAAUGACACAUUGAUGAAUUUUCAUUUAUGAUGAUUAACUCCUGAAAUUGCAGUUUGCGCUACGGACAUUCUGAAGUGGAAGUAAUUUAGCCUUACCGUGGUCAAAGAAGAUGAAGAAGUCAUCCUCCUUCUCUUCAGUGGUGUUUGAUGAAGCAGUGUCACUUUCUGACAGAAGACCAAGCUCUUCAGCUGAGUGCAGAAUGAGUUGAUGUGUCCUCUUCUCUCCAGUUAGUUUGGGAGGCAACCACCUCAUCUUGAAAAAUGGGUAGGAUGCUGUAGCGAGGUUGGCUUCAUUGACAUCAGUCUUCAGCUGUAAGAAGCUAUUGAACCUUUUCUCAAAGCCAGCUAUGGUGGCUUGCAAAAUAUGUGAGCAGUACCGCAGGUUUGAGGCUUGCAGGUCAUGUAGUUUAGCCUGAACAGCAAAGAGGGUAGGUAGGAGGUCACCAUAGUAGCAUGAGGUCUGACAUUGAAGGUGGUCAAUAGCAAUAGCAAUGGGCUUGAGGACUCUGCAAUAUUCCUCCAUGAAAUCAAGUCCUUCUACUUUGAAUGGUGGGAGUUGCAAAGCGGCAUGAUCUCAGGAAGCUUCUCCUGAAGAGAUGUCAGCUGACUCAAACAGUCAUAAAGAGAAUUCCACCUACAAAUGCAGGGUGACUUGAGUUGCUGGUCGGUCAAUUCAUUGAGUAUUUCAGCAGAUUUUGGUCUGCCAGAAGCACUCCAUAGGGCUGAGCACUUUGCCACUGAUGAAUGAUUCAGCUUAGAGAGAGUUUGAUUGUCUUUAAUUGAUUUUUUGGCAUCAGUGGUUGAAACCAAACUCAGUGUGUGUGUGGCACAUCUGAUGUGGGGUGGUAGAAUGAUGGCACACUCUGACACUUCUUCUCCCUCUGGAUCUAUUGUAAUGUAUGAAAGAUCAUGUUCCUGCUCUUCAGUCUCAUCUUGUUCCUCUGAAACAACUGUGAUACUGAACUCUUCAAAUGCCUUUGCGAAGUUGGAUGCAUUGUUAUUUACAGUAGCCACAAUAGUGUCAGUUGUUAGUCCAUAUUCUGUAUGGAUUUCCUCUAGACGUUCUGCAAUGCGAUUAUAGGUAUGUGGACUGGGGAAACACCUGCAAGCAAGAGCAGCUGAUUCCAAUGCACAGUAACUCCCAUGUAACUACUUUAUUUUGUUGACCAGAUGUCAGCAGUGGUGCAUACAUAUUAUAUGUUCUUAAGUCUCUCCUUUAAGUUUGUUGUUAAGUACUAAAAUCAUCAUCAAUUCUUCUUCUGAGUGUUCUCCUUGACAUUACAUUAGCACCUUGGCAAUGGCCCUGUGCUAAUUCUAUGAAUUCUUUGAACAGUGGCCAAUGGGUACAUGCGUUUAGUAACAAAGGAUGUUACAAGAGAGUCAACUUUAUUUUGUGUCACUGCCACUAGUACAUGCUCAAAAAGAUGAGUUUGUAUGAGGCCAUGGGUUUCUUAUGUUCUCCACUGGCAAACUCUUUUUAUGUUCCUCAAAUUCCUUUUGUUUUUCAGGGAGCCCUCGUUUCAAUUGGGUUUUAAAAUUUGAUGUCGCUGCAAGAGAGCCACAUAUAAUGACCUUUUUAUUUGUGCACAGCUGACAUUCAGCCUCUAUCUUUCCAUUUGGAAUCUGAUUCACUAUUUUAAAGUAUUUGCCAUCUAGCAUCGCUUACUUGAGUACCGGUGUAGCUUCCUCUGUAGAUGUGGCAACCUGGCAAGGCUUGGACUUAAAACUAAAGAAAACAAAUGAUUAAUUAGAUUACCAGUUGCAAUGUAAUACCCACAGAAUUCAAAAAGCACUACCAACUUACAUAAGAAGACACUAAAGAAUUAUUGAUAUGGAAGCAUUAGCCAGGAUGGAGUCAAUUCACUUUCAGUUUUAUUUUUAUAAAUAAAAAUACUUUUUUUUUUUUAUCCCCUUUUCUCCCAGUUUGGAAUGCCCAAUUCCCACUACUUAGUAGGUCCUUGUGGUGGCGCAUUUACUCACCUCAAUCCGGGUGGCGGAGGACAAGUCUCAGUUGCCUCCACUUCUGAGACCGUCAAUCCGCACAUCUUAUCACAUGGCUCGUUGUGCAUGACACCACGGAGACGCCGCAUGUGGAGGCUCAUGCUACUCCCUGCGAUCCACGCAUAAAUGACCAGGUGCCCCAUUGAGGGCGAGAACCACUAAUCGCAACCACGAGGAGGUUACCCCGUGUGACUCUACCCUCCCAAGCAACCGGGCCAAUUUGGUUGAUUAGGAGACCUGGCUGGAGUCACUCAGCACACUCUGGAUUCGAAGUCGCAACUCCAGGGAUGGUAGUCAGCGUCAAUACACGCUGAGCUACCCAGGCCCCCCAUUUUCAGUUUGAUUAAUUAUUCUUCAUAAGUCAUAUUGUAAAACUUUUCAUUUGAAAAAAGACACACAAAACUGACCUUCCAGAGACAGAAAUCUCAGUAAUAAAAAACGUUAUCCUUAUCCUCAAGAGAAUGGCGCAUGCUAUUUCGCUGACAACAAUGAAUAUUAACUGCUAUAAAAACGCCAAAAUUUAGCUAUUAAAAAGUUAAUUUUGUCCAUAGGAACAAAAGUAGCUAAGUUAGCUAGCAAGCUAACAUCACUUGCAAGCUAGCAUGUAAAUUCACAAGUUCUAAAGCAGCACAGCUAUUUGCUAAUUGCUCUAUUCUUCUGUCCUAUAAUGACAUUCAGUGAGCAAUAUCUGAUAGUAUAUUUUACUACAUACUUUACCUUAAGGCAAUUUGCACCGAAGCAGCUUCUUUCCUUGGGUUACUGGUCAUGAGGAAAACAAACAGUUCACAACGAGCGCACGUGAUUUACUUGCAUCUAGCCAAAAACUGCGAUAGGCUAUAUUUAGUAGUCCUAUUAAGCCUGGUGAUGAAAGCUCUUGUCUUAUUUGAGAAUAAAAUGACAUAUUUGAUUAAGUAUUUUAAGUAUUUUAAAUACACAAAAUACAAUCUCUCAAAGUAUUUUGUUACAAAUUACAUCUGAUUAUUUUCCGUCCAGCAAAAUACAAAUUACAAAAUACUCAAAAGUAAUUAAAUACGUAUUUUAAAUACAUUUAAUUGAAAUACUGCCCAUCUCUGUUUAUAGGUGAUGCUCUUUUUUAAGGCCCAAACAUACUCUAUGUAAGUACGUGAACGCAGACGCACCGUGCUACGCAAGCUUGAUUUCAUGCGUCGUUGCAUUGUGAAAUGUGUCAGCUCUCAAUUCAUAACACAACGCAAGUACGCGCUGUAUUCUCAGCGUUGCCACAAGGGGUGCUAGAGCAGAUUUUCUUCUUUCAAUCAACAACUGUCAUGGCGGACUGAGGCAGCAAUUUGAGUUAAACCUUUUUGAAAAAAUAAAUACAACUUUUUGUCCCCAGUCCAUUCAAACUAACUUGUUUUUCUCCGUGUCUCUCCCCACUCCUCAACUAUCGACUCAUCUACCACAUCCGGGCUGCAUCCGAAAACGUAGGCAGCUGACUUGUCGCCUAAUCAGUUAAUGUCUUAACUGACAGCUAUUUUGAAUGAAUGGAACUUUUAAGGAACUGGUCUCUGAACAGUUUGAAAAGCACCUUAUUUUCAUCCUGCCGUAUACAGCCUCCGAAGGCAGCAUUUUCCUGGUUUCGGACGCAGCACCGGUUUUGUGGUCAUGCCUAAAAAAAUCUAUUGCCCCUUGUGGUCUGAGGUUUGUAACUGCCAGAGCAACGCAAGAGCGCACCUAAUGUAUGUACAAUGGGACCACGCGUUGGCCAAGCACUCACGUCUGCGUUUGCGUACUUGCGUGAAGUAUGUUUCCGCUUUAACAAUGCAAUCUGUUGAACAACAUAAAAAGGGAUGUGUGUGUGUGUGUGUGUGUGUGUGUGUGUGUGUGUGUAGAUGUUGACUUUAAAGAGUGUCCUGCUUUUCAAUGCCAUAGUUUUAAAAUGUUUUAUCAUAAUAAUGGUUCUGUAUUAUCCAUUUAUUUAUUUAUUUUUAUUUUCUCCCGUUUUUUACCCAAUGUGGAAUGCCCAAUUCCCAAUGCGCUCUAAGUCCUCGUGGUGACCUAGUGACUCGCCUCAAUCCGGGUGGCGGAGGACGAAUCUCAGUUGCCUCCGUGUCUGAGACCGUCAAUCCGCGCAUCUUAUCAUGUGGCUUGUUGAGCGUGUUACCGCGGAGACAUAGCACGUUUGGAGGAUUCACGCUAUUCUCCGAGGCAUCCAUGCACAACUCGCCACGCGCUCCACCGAGAGCGAGAACCACACAUUAUAGUGACCACGAGGAGGUUACCCCAUGUGACUCUACCCUCCCUAGCAACCGGGCCAAUUUGGUUGCUUAGGAGACCUGGCUGGAGUCACUCAGCACACCCUGGAUUCCAACUCGUGACUCCAGGGGUGAUAGUCAGCGUCUUUACUCGCUGAGCUACCCAGACCCCGUAUUAUCCAUUACUUUGUCUUUUUUGUGUAUUCACACUGGCUGCUGACAGUAUUAAUGUACUUUUUUGUAAUUAUUCACUAAGGAACCCGAUUGUCGUGGAAACACAUUGCCACUGAGUGUGUGUGUGUGUGUGUGUGUGUGUGUGUGUGUGCGUUCAGUAAAGAAUGUAUGCACUCCAGGGACUCCUGUGAGCAGGGCUUUCUCUUGUAUAUGUUUGGAUUGUACAAAAUUUUGCUUUAUCUUUUUCUUUAUUAUUAUUUACCAUAGAUUUAUUUUAAAGAGGAACACUGAGAUUUAAUAAAUUAUACAAGCAAAUCUGUGUUGUGUCUUCGGUUUGGAGCAAUUUUACCAAAUAUAUUUUAAUUUCACCUGUUGUUCUUACGUGUUCAUGAAAACUUAUGAAAAAUAUUUAUGAAAAAAAUGAGUUGCUUGUUUUGACCUGUUAGAGGACAGCAAGAAA